CUUCCACUUGUGUACAACUGUUCCAUCAUUCUUGGAAUUUGAACUCCAAGGCCUGGAAGACGCUUCGGCUUGGUGGCAACAUGUCACCGUCUAACGCGGAAGCGUGUCUCAUCUCAGCCCUUGGGACGGUGGAGAUCCUGGUAGGCACGUUCAACAUCGGCCUCGGGCCAGGGCGGACCAGCACUGCCUCUGCAGACUUGGCCGCUUUGGGUGCUGCCUAUUGGAUGGGGGCUGUGUUCAUUGUGACAGGAAUCAUGUCAGUUUUGUCUGCACGCUCGCCGUCUCCUGGCCUGAAGUGUUUCACGAGCCUGCUGAACCUAGCCUGCACCAUUUUUGCGCUGGCCGCCUUGGUUUUGUACGCGGCCGAUGCAGAAAACGCUUCCGUCCUGUGGAUGUGCCAACCAGGAUUUGAAAGACGAGGACAGCGAUUGGAUGCUGAUUGCGAAACGGUGGCUUUCUUGGCAGAGAGGCUGCUGACGUUUUCCGAUGCCACUCUGAUGGCGCUGGCCGUCGUUCUGCUCUACGUCAACCUCAAGCUGGCCACUGUAGUCAUCAAGGCUCCCGUCGCCAGGCAAGAGAUGACUGCUGGCCGAGAGCGAAGAACCAGCGGUAUGUCCCUGACAGUGGUGGGAGACAAAAGGGUUGCCGUGGUGACGCUAGCAACCAAUCAGAUGAGCGCGAUGGGCUUGAUUCAAAGUUGCUGCUGCUCGCCUUGCAGGGUGAUAAAGAGCGAGGCCAAAGUUGUUCUUGGGACCAUCCAGAUCCUGGUGGGAGUGGUCAACAUGGGCUUGGGUGCCGGCAGGACACGGACACGCCCCGGAGAUUUGGCCAGUGUGGGAGCCGCUUACUGGAUCGGGACCGUGUUCAUCAUCGCAGGAGUUUUGUCGCUUUUGUCGGGUCAGUGCCCGUCCUGCUGCUUUGCUGGCUUGACAGUGACUGCCAACGUGUUGUGCGCCGUCCUGUCGGUGGUGGCCGUGGUUUUGUACGCGUUGGAUCUGGCGGGGCUGUCCGUUAAUUUGUUCUGUGGCAGCAGCUCAUUGUACGGCGGCGGCUGUGAAGAUGUGGCCCUGUACGCUAUCCGGCUGACUCGAGGGAUGGACAUCACGCUGCUGGUUUUGGCUGUUUUGGUGCUUUGUGUCAGCAUCAGCAUGAGUGUGCUCGCCGUCGGUGCUGAGCCUCCGCAGGAACAGUGGGAAUCAGACCUUGAAUGUCUCCAUCCGGGGGUAAAGAUGCUCCUCCUGGACCUGGACCAAGACAGUUCUGCUUUAAGUGGACCACACAAACAAGCGGGAGGAAUCUUCAGAAACAAAUAAUGGCGAUUGCUGAUUAUAGUCAUGUGCUUUCUUCACUGUAUAUUCCACACCUGAAUAUUCACUUUGUGGCUAACCACCUGAUUUGGAAUUUUUGUUGUUUUUAAGGCAGAACAUGACGAGAUUAAUAUCAAAAUAUUUUUUUCCUUUGUAGAAAAACAACUGUACCAUGUCAAAAAAAAAUUCAAGAAAGAAAUAUACUCAAGAACUGAAAUAGAAUGUUAUUUUUGAAAAAUGUCAUAUUUCUAAAAGGAAAAAAAUAGUAUUAAUUCCAAGACUCUUGUUUGGUGGGGGGCGGAGGAGGUUGUAAUACUACUAAGAUUCAAAUUGUAUUUUCUAAAAGAAAAUAAUUGAUACAUUUGUAUAUUGUUUAUGAAUAUGUAGUUAAGUUUUGGCGUCAACAAAAUAUUUUAACAGCAGAGUUCUAGUUCAAUAGUGACACAAUGUUAGUGAUUCAACACAACUACCAAAAUCAAUCAUUUUGUGAAUUAAAAGAAAAAAAUCCAAACUGGUGUUGUGACACAUUAUUUAUUUCACAACGAACAACCUAUAGAUUUUUUUUAAAACAUGCAAAAUCUCUCUUUCACUUCCAGUAUACAAGAAGAUAGUAUUAAAAAAAAACAAUUACCAUAUCAGCAAGUGCAAUUAGAAGCGGAAAAUCAAUGUAGAAAUUCUGCCAAGUUUGUAAACGUUUGAAAUGAUAUGAAACCGGCCAUGAUUCAAUAAGUGCAUGAAGUAUCCAAACGAUAUUAUAAAAGUGCUGUUAGAGAUACUGUAAAGUGGCAGCAUGAUAAAGGCUCCAGCGUAUACAAA